UAAUCCACAUCUAGGGCAAGCUGGCUGAGAGGCGAUCACAGCUCAGCUCCUCUCUGCAGCCUUGGAGAAGAAGAAGCAGCACUAACCCCUUUUCAACGCAGGGGGAAAAAAGAAGAGCAGAUUUCGACCGCAGCGGAAGACAAGGAGGGUCGAAGAGCAAGAUUUUUUUUCCAUUGGAGGACACUGUUUAUUUAUACAUAGUGUUUAUAUAGCUAUAUAUAUUUGUACACACGCUUAUAGAUAUUUAUAUAUAGAUUCAAUUAUCCUUGUACAUAUCCGUAUUUGUGCUCGUUUGUUUAUAGUAAUAUUUUUAUAUGUAUUUGUGUGUGUAAAUAUAUAUAAUGUAUAAGCAAAACAUAUAUAUCCAUAUAUAUAUCCAUAUAUAUGAAUUUAUAUGCGCAUCACUGUGAACCAAGAGGAUUCUCAUCUCAUCGGGGCUGGUCUCUGAUUGUGAUCGUACACAAUAUUUUCACUAUUUGAUCUUCUACGUCAAGAGGACAAAGACGCCGUGCCCAUUUUGUAUUUUUCUUUCUUCCUCUCCAUCAACCCCCCCCCCCCCCCCCCCGCUUCGCAUCCGAGUAGCCGAGAGCAACGGGAUUUGACAAAAGAGGGCGGGAAAAAAUCUCUCAAAUUCCUGUGAUUAGUGCGCUUUUCCGCUGGCAUCUGCGCUCCGUUUAGCCCAUCGCGGCGCCGUGUGACAUCAGCCCAGCGCCCGCCCAGCCAGCAUGCACAAACACCACCACUGCUGCAAGUGCCCAGAAUGUUAUGAGGUGACCCGCAUGGCGGCCCUGCGCAGGAUGGACGCCCCCGCCUAUGGAGGAGACUGGCAGGCCGAGCCCUACGGAUACCCGCCCGGGUACGGAGGAGGCCAAACCUUACCCGCCCCGGCCUCUGGAGGAGGAGGCAACAUGGGCGGAGGAGGUGGCGGAGGAGGAGGAGGAGGAGGGGGCACCUUAGGAAGAAGUAAGGGCAAGAUGAUGUCUGGCGGUGGGCCUGCAGGCCCCAAUCCAAAGGGCCAAUCCAAAGGGGGGCCCAAAGUCAAUGGCAACAACUCAAGUGGACAAGGAGGGUGGUGGCCUGAGUGCACCUGCACCAAUCGGGAGUGGUAUGAACAGGCCAACCCUCCCCCCAUCAUUGUCAACGCAGACUCACUCGAUGCAGGCUCUUAUGUGAACGGCAGCGAUGGCAUGUACAAGUAUGAGGAGAUCAUCUUGGAAAGGGGGAAUUCGGGCCUGGGCUUCAGCAUCGCUGGAGGCAUCGAUAAUCCGCACAUUCCUGACGAUCCGGGGAUCUUCAUCACCAAGAUUAUUCCGGGAGGAGCGGCAGCCAUGGACGGGAGACUCGGGGUUAACGACUGCGUGCUGCGCGUGAACGACGUAGACGUGUCGGAGGUGGUCCACAGCCGGGCGGUGGAGGCCUUGAAGGAGGCGGGGCCGGUGGUGCGUCUGCUGGUGAGGCGAAGGCAGGCCCCACCCGAGACCAUCCUCGAGGUCAACCUGCUCAAAGGCCCCAAAGGACUGGGAUUCAGCAUUGCCGGCGGAAUCGGCAAUCAGCACAUCCCGGGUGACAACAGCAUCUACAUCACCAAGAUCAUCGAAGGGGGAGCCGCCCAAAAAGAUGGACGGCUGCAGACGGGAGAUCGCCUGCUUGCUGUGAACAACAUCGUGCUUCAGGACGUGCGUCACGAAGAGGCGGUGGCCGCACUGAAAAACACGUCCGAUAUGGUUUACCUCAAGGUGGCCAAGCCAGGACCCGUGCACCUUAAUGACAUGUACGCCCCGCCCGACUAUUCCAGCAGCCUGGCCCUCCCUCCAGCCUUCCCCACCAUGGUGGACAACCACGUGAGCCACAACUACAUGGGCGCCAUGGAGCCCAAGCCGCCCUACCCGCCGCCCCAGGUCACCCCGUCCAGGUACUCGCCUGUCCCCCGGCACAUGCUCGGCGAGGAAGACUUCACCAGGGAGCCGAGAAAGGUGUUGCUCCACAAGGGCUCCACUGGGUUGGGCUUCAACAUUGUGGGCGGGGAGGACGGCGAGGGCAUCUUCGUCUCCUUCAUUCUAGCCGGAGGACCGGCUGACCUGAGCGGCGAGCUGAGGAGAGGCGACCGCAUUCUCUCUGUGAAUGGAGUGAAUCUAAGAAACGCAACACACGAGCAGGCGGCGGCCGCCCUGAAGCGAGCUGGACAGACCGUCACCAUCAUUGCUCAGUACAGGCCUGAAGAGUACAGCCGCUUUGAGUCCAAGAUCCACGACCUGAGGGAGCAGAUGAUGAACAGCAGCAUGAGCUCGGGAUCCGGCUCCCUGCGCACCAGCGAGAAACGCUCUCUCUACGUCAGAGCUUUGUUUGACUAUGACCGGACGAGGGAUAGCUGCCUGCCCAGCCAAGGGCUGAGCUUCUCCUACGGCGACAUCCUCCACGUCAUCAACGCGUCCGAUGACGAAUGGUGGCAGGCCAGGCUGGUGACGCCUCACGGGGAGAGCGAGCAGAUUGGAGUCAUUCCCAGCAAGAAAAGAGUGGAGAAGAAGGAGAGGGCCAGGUUAAAAACAGUCAAGUUCCACGCCCGGACAGGCAUGAUUGAGUCCAACAGGCAGCUGGUCAAAGUAAAGCGCAAAAAAAGCUUCAACCUGUCGCGAAGGUUCCCGUUUUACAAGAGCAAGGAGAAUAUUGUGCAGGAGUUGGUGGAGUCUGAACAAUGCCUGACGUCCAACACGAGCGAUAGUGAAAGCAGUUCAAAGGGCCAGGAAGACACAAUCCUCUCCUACGAGCCUGUCAUUCGACAAGAAAUACACUACACAAGACCCGUGAUCAUUCUGGGCCCCAUGAAGGACCGCGUCAACGAUGACCUCAUCUCCGAGUUCCCACACAAGUUUGGCUCCUGCGUACCCCACACGACUCGUCCGAGGCGAGAGAACGAGAUGGACGGUCAGGACUACCACUUUGUAGGAUCGCGCGAGCAAAUGGAAAAAGACAUCCAGGACAAUAAGUUCAUCGAGGCGGGACAGUUCAACGAGAACCUCUAUGGGACCAGCAUCCUGUCCGUCAGAACUGUGGCUGAAAGGGGGAAGCACUGCAUCCUGGAUGUGUCGGGCAACGCCAUCAAACGACUGCAGCAAGCACAACUUUACCCUAUCGCCAUCUUUAUUAAACCAAAAUCCAUCGAAGCCCUCAUGGAAAUGAACAAGCGGCAGACGUACGAGCAGGCCAACAAAGUGUUCGACAAGGCCGUCAAGCUGGAGCAAGACUUCGGGGAGUUUUUCACAGCAAUUGUCCAGGGCGACUCGCUAGAGGAAAUCUACAACAAAAUUAAGCUGAUCAUCGAGGAGCAGUCGGGCCCGUACAUCUGGAUCCCCUCCCCAGAGAAGCUCUGAGCUUCCCGUCCGCCAUCACACCGGCCUCACCUCGCAUCGCUGCAGAGUCCCGGAAACCCCCCCCCCCCAUACCUAAUUGGCCCCCGCCACUCACCUCUUUUUACAGCUAUGUUCCAUAUAAAGUUUAGUGUCAUCAUUCUGUUACUCUCUAAAUGGAAACAAAAGCAAAGUCUUAUCACCAUUAAUUAUUGUGACUGUGCACCCCCUGCAUGAGUUUCUCUACGCCAUCCAUUACAAACUGUAAGGGAAAGCCGUCUUUUGGAGGGGGGGGUCAUACAAAAAAACAAAAUUGCUCCUUUUUGUCAACAAACAGAAGACGGGAAGGAAUGUUUUCAUGAAGAAAGAGAGAGAGAGGAGUUGCAGGGAAACAGAGACAAAUCACACCGCGUCAGAACACUUUGUAAAUUUUCAUCCAAUCACAUUGAAAAAAGACAACACACAAAGACGAGACCUUUUGGGUUAAUUGUUUUUUUUGUUUUUGUUUUUUUCCUCUCCCCCAAAAGUGACUGGUUGAACAGAGCCCUACUGACGGUACUGUUGUUUCUAGGGAAUUAUUUAUCUCCACUGGAAGAAUCCCUACAUUUAUAUUAUGACAUCACAAGAUGAAUAAAAUCCUACAGAGAUUUUAUUAUACAUAUAAAUAUAUAAAUAAAUAUAUGAAUAUAUAUAUAUAUAUGAGCGAGAGCGCGUGUGAAAGAAAAACAAGUUUUACACUUCACUAGAAUGGUCCAUUUAGAGGGCUUCUUAGAUUCUUUUACUUUAGCUUGUGAUUUUUUUUGUAAGAGCUACUCUUGUGUCAAGGUGGGCUGCGGGGGGUGGGGGGUAGAGAUGUGUAAGUGGGCUCUGCAAAACACCAAUCUGCCUUACAUCCAAUACCGACUGACUGACGUUGUCCUCCUUUGAGUGCAAUAGCGCCCCCACACCACAACCGCUAAUACUACAACAAUCAAUUCAAUAAUUAGAAUUUACUGGACCCUGACAACCUAUAUCUCUCCACCCCCCAACUAAAGAGUGUGAAGCUGCAGACCACCCCCUUACACGCUCUGCCUUCCAAAGGAGUUUUUUUGUUUUGUUUUUCUGGUUUACUGGUCACACGGUACUGUCCUAUCUGCUGCCAUGGCGGCAGCCUUAUAACGGGUAGAACAAGACAACAAUUGUAUUGGAUGUCAUGCCCAUUAAAAAAAAAAUAAUGUUUUGGAUUGUCCAAAAAAUACAACACUAAAGUUGAGCCUAAUUAAAAGCUUUGUGUUAUCUAUAUGAA